CAAGAUUAAUAGAUUUUGUUGUGGGAAUUUUUUGUGAGGUGAUGCGCGUGUGCUGUCCUUAAAGAUACGUCUGUGUGUCACCUUCUUAUUGUCUUCUUAAUCUUAUUCUGUGAGCGUGACUGACAUUGGUCUUAUCAGGUCCGAGGAUUUGGCGGAGCGAGGAGCGAGGGGUGAGGAGGACAACCAGCACCACCACCAGCAGCAGCAGUGGUACAUGUGGUGGUGCCCUGCUGCCCUGCCAGUGUCCAGCAGUGCCUGUGUGGCGUGAGGCGGGAUGGUGGGCGCUGCAGCACACAGGCACCUUUGUUGGUGUGGUCACGGCACGUACAGCGCCAUGCUUCCCCGCGACACACUCCGCUGCUGAGUGCUGAGUGCGGUGAGGCUGCCCUACCUGCCCUGCCUGCCGCACCCUCUCGUCCCCGCUGGCAAGACGCACACGCAAUGACAUGCACCUGAACAUGGAGCCAUCGGAGGACCCUUUCAAGGUGGAGCUGGUGGAGCCGCCAGUGGAUGCAGUGUUCGGGGAGCGGCAGGAUGAGAUGCAGCAGCUGGUGGAGCAUUUUGACGACCCCCUCAUGACAGAUAUAAAGCAGGAGCCCAACAAGAACACUCUGUUACGUGUGCCGUCCUUCACCCCGCAGCACACCUUGAGGCAGGAGAGUGACCGGUGUGACAGCUCCCAGGACCAGGUAGAGAGCGAGCAGCAGGAUGUGACGCACUCAGUGACCAACGCCACCAUGGUGACAGGCAAGAGGAAGAAGCUUGAGUACUUCACCUUCCAAGAGCUGCGGAAACUACUGAAGGUGGGUCACCCGGAGCGCCGUGGCCUUGGUGCCUCCCCGGGGCCACCUCACGAUCUCCCACCGCGCCUCACCGAGCGUCACUUCCCUCGCUCCUUUCCCCCGACGCCACAGAACAAGACCCCGCAGAGGAAAUGUUACGUGUGUUUCUACUCGUCAAGGCACCGGAAAAAGAGAACACAGACACGCUUCUUGUGCAGGAAGUGUGCUGUGCCGCUGUGCAUCGAGCCAUGCUUUGAGGAGUACCACACACUCUUAAACUUUUAGUACUGUGUGUAGACUAAAAACUUCCUGUGCUGAAAGUAGGAAGUGGUGUGUUGAGCUCCCUUGAACUACAAUUCUCAUGGUAUCUACAAAGGUGCACAAUGACAGUCCUGCUUGUGAGGCAGUGAUGCUUAGGUGUGGUGCAUGGGAGGAGAGCUGAUGUGGGAUGCUGACUUAUAGACUUGUCCUUCAGAGUCUAGCUUUCAUACUGUUCAACUCUCUUCAUACUCUUUCUUUAUGUCAUUGUUUUCCAGCGCUGUUUUCCUUCCUGUGUCUCUUUUGUGUUUCUUUUCAGUAAGGUCAUGGGAAAAAACGUAAGAAAUUUUUGUGAAAUCUAUUAGUUUGAGUACAAUACAAAAUUUGAAAUAUUUUUGGUCCUGUAAGCACACUUCAGAGAAAAAUAAAUGCACAGUUGUGAUGAUGAGAUGAGGUCAUGUCAGGUCAAAGUGGAAAGAAGUAUUUUCAAAAGCAACACUUGGCCUGAUCAUGACACAAGGAUUCCAAAAGUGUGUUAGUUCCUAGAAUCUCACCUUGAAAAUAUCAAUGUGUUCCGCUACGGUGGUGAUGUUCCUCGGUACAGACGUGUGGUGCUGUGUCACUGGUUGGCUGAGCAUUGCACUCAUUACAGAGAGGCUGCAUGCUGUGGAGCUGCAGCUGUGUCUUAAUGUUAACAGAGAAACUACUUAAUGUUUAAUGUACAGUAUGGAAUGAAGCUGCUUCCAUGGGGCGGUGCAAACAGAUGCCAGUGAAGUAGAAUUUAUGAAUGUUUGAUUUACUACUUUCCAAAGUUAUGAAUGAAUGUUCAUCAGUAGUAUUUACAAGUAGGAAUCUUUGAAAUCAUUAUCCAAGUUUACAAAUGAUUUACUGUACCUAGAAGUAUAUUUUGAGAAAGGUUGUCAUUCAUAAGCUGUGAUUCACCCACACUAUAUGGCUUUAAGGAUACAAGACUGGCAUUACAUACAAGUCUGUGUGACAGUUUCUCAUUUGUACUGUUGAGUUACAUCUGUAUGUGUGUUUGAGUGUCUGUGUGGCCUCUGGCUGGACACACUCAGCACUGGCAUGGGCUGAGUGUGUGCUGCUGCCUCACAUGCUGUCAUGCUAACCCCCUGACUGACUGCUGUGGCUUGUCAACUGUAAUAAUGAAAUGUGGAGCACGUUUACACUAUAAUUUUGAAAGACACCACUAACAGCAAAGGGAGUGAUGUGUUUUUUGUUCUGUACAAUCAGGUUGGUUUGCUGUAAUAAGUGUCAGUUAUUGUGCCGCCAACAGUCAGAGGGUUAGGCAGUCUCUUUUCACUACAGGAGUUUGUACAGUCUGUUGAAGUGAACCAAACAUGUUUAUAUGGUGCUCUGACCAACACCACUCCACUAAAACCAAACCUCUUUAUUCCUUCAUUUCUUCAACAGAAAUGAGUUAUAUGAAUAUGAGAAUAAGAAAUAAAAUGAUUUCAUCCAACAUACAUCAAUCCACUUCCUUGUAAUAAAAGUACAAGUAAAGAAUUCUCACUAAAAACAUUAUUAAAAUUAAAUUAAAGGUGUCACAUCACAUUUAAAUAUUAAUAUCAUGUAAUGCAACAAGUUAGAUGCAUGCAAGACUUAAUACUAAUACUAUACACACAUCUUUAUGCAUCAUUACAGAAAUACUGGAGUUUCCAAAUGUAUUCUCCAUUAAAUACACACACAGAGGAAAGGUGAAAGAAAACACAAACAUGUAUAAAAGGCACGAGAAAGGCAUUUCCAUUAUGAGAGAGAGAGAGAGAGAGAGAGAAUCCCACUGACAAUAACAUCAGCAAAAGUGAAGAUGAGUACUUAAUAAAAUACACACACAUACACAGCAAAGUUUUCUUCUGCAAAGUGAAAUGAUGCUUCUAUAUAUUUUACAUCAACAAAUAUCAUGACUUGAGGCUGACGCUCUGAAGACUGUUACCGAAGUACUACUGAAAGGCUGUGUUCAUAGCCAUUACUACCGCUAUGCUUGUAAUAAUAAUAACAAUAGUGACAGUGAUGAGAAUUAUGAUGGUGAUGAUGAUGAUGAUGAUGAAGGUGAUGAUUGGUCUAUGUAUAGUGACAAUGAGAAUUAUGAUGUAUAUAUGC